AUGGGUCUCGUGGAGCGUGGCAAGGAGAUGCAGGACUUUGAUUCUCCAAGGCCCGCGAAAACAAGAGAUCUCUUUGGUGUGCAGCUAGAAGUAACGUCGCUGCUGUUGGAGGCCGAACGACGCAAGCUGGCGGUACUGCAGCGCGAGCUACAGGCUGCUCUCGCUGAGGGCGGCAGCGUCAAAGUCAAGGAAAAGCAGCGCCAGGAAUUGCUGCACGCCAUAUCAAAAAUUCAAGCGCAACAUCAGCAGCUGGAUAAGGAGUACAGGAUUCACGCAGCAGGUGUUCUGCUGUGCAAUUCACGAGCCUCCGGAAAGCGGAAAAAGAAAAAAAAAAAAAAGGAGACCGUGUCUCUACUUCUUCUCUACAUAAUGGAGCUUUCUUCGAGCUCCGAGUGCAGUGAGUAUGGUGGUACCGGUAGUGCCAGUGGUGGAAGCCCGGGAGAGAAAGAGUAA